UAUUGAUAAUGAAUAAUAGCGAUUUCAAAUGUGCAACUUACUUUCUAAUGCCCUUACACGAGUAAAGUGAAUAGUCAUUGAGUUAUAGCAAUAUCAACUUUCAAACAAUAUUUACUAAGACUUUUAAAAACAUAAAAUAAAGCAAGAUGAUGGACAAUUUAGAACCUUUGACUACGGACGGUGGUCGUUUGGUAAAAAUGGAGGUCGAUUACAGUUCAACUUGCGAUGAAAAAAUUGCUGUUGCCGAAAGCCUAGCUGCCGGAGGAAAACUACAAGAAGCGUUGGACACUCUUCUUGUGUUAGAAAAACAGACUCGAACUGGGUCAGAUAUGGCGUCCACUAGCCGUGUUUUAGUUGCGAUUGUACAGCUAUGUUUUCGCGCUCAGCAAUGGUCUUUGUUAAACGAAAACAUUGUCAUGUUAACCAAAAGGAGGUCUCAACUAAAACUGGCUGUGGCUGCAAUGGUUAGAGAAUGUUGCACGUUUAUCGAUCAAACUCCAGACAAGGAAAGCAAAUUGAAAUUCAUUGAAACUCUUAGAAAUGUUACUGAAGGAAAGAUUUAUGUAGAGGUAGAAAGAGCUCGUCUUACCCAAAAGUUGGCACAAAUUAAAGAAGACGAAGGUGACGUUACCGGUGCCGCUAACAUCAUACAAGAACUACAAGUGGAAACUUACGGAUCUAUGAAAAAACAAGAGAAGGUCGAGCUUAUUCUUGAACAGAUGCGAUUAUGUUUAGCCAAGAAAGAUUACAUUCGUACACAAAUUAUUUCCAAAAAAAUCAAUACUAAAUUUUUCGAUGACGACAAAUCAGAAAUACAAGAGCUUAAAUUAAAAUACUACAAGUUAAUGAUAGAAUUAGGAGAACACGACGGUCAAUAUUUGGAUAUUUGUCGUCAUUAUAGAGCUAUUCAAGCUACUCCCACAAUUGAAGCAGAUGAAACAAAACGAAAUGCUGCUCUCCAAAAUGCUAUUUUAUACCUCAUAUUAGCUCCAUACGAUAAUCAUCAAUCUGAUUUAACACAUCGUAUUUUACAAGAUGAGGUUUUGUUGAAAAUCCCCAAGUAUAAAUGUUUCCUACAACUGUUUACCACAAUGGAAUUGAUUCAAUGGAAAGAAUUAUGCGAGGUUUAUGAAAAGGAAUUAAAAUCUGGAUCUUUAGCUACAGACGUGUUUGCAACGAACUCUGAUGAAGGCGUUAAACGUUGGACAGACCUCAAAAAUAGAGUUGCAGAGCACAAUGUACGUGUAAUGGCGAAAUACUAUUCGAGAAUUAGAGUAGUCAGGAUGGCUCAGUUAUUGGACAUGACUUUAGAGGAUACCGAACAGUUAUUGUCCAACAUGGUGGUUGAAAAGUCUGUAAAAUCCAAAAUUGAUCGGCCAUCCGGUGUUGUUGAAUUCUCAAUCGUUAAAUCGGCAAAUGAAGUUUUAAACGAAUGGUCUUUUGGUCUAAACGAUCUAAUGCGGCUGGUCAACAAUACUACUCAUCUUAUCAACAAGGAACAGAUGGUGCAUAAACAUUUGCUGUCUCACUAAUUACUUUUACUUAUUAUGUAGAACUCAAAACAAAAAUUUAAUAAAUUAUUUAUUUUGUAUUAUUAUCUUAAUAAAUAUUUCUACUCGUCCGUAA